CCGCUCAAGGUGUGACCCCCUGGGUGGUUUCUUUGGACGGCAGGUAGACACCGGUGUCUUCUCACAACGCUUCAAACAGCGUGACAAGCAGGACGCACCGAACAUGGGUUCCCUUCGAACACCACUCGCCUCGCCGCCGCCGCUUCAAACAACCGGCCCCGCACGGCAACAGGACCUCCACCAGCUCCGACCAGAGGCAUCUUCGGAGUCGUUGGAUCUUGCCGUUCCCUGGGCGUCCAUGGGCGCUCACGGGCUCUUCUCGCGGGACAGGCCGCUGUCCCGCCGGUACUUCAGCCAGAAGACCCGCAGCCUGGACGACUUCGACUCGAUGCACAUGAUUCUCGCUAAAUGUACCAUCACGCCACCCUGGGUGAACCACAUACAGCCAGACGGGUCGCUUCUAUUCAUAGAGGUCAGCACUGCAGAGCAGCGCCGUCAAGCGAAAAGUAAGCGUACCGCAUCUACCAGACCGCAGGCCUCCACCGCAAGAUCACACCAGAAGGGCAAAGAAAAUCGGUCAAAGAACAACAAGCCGGAAGGAGGGAGUGCGAAGCUGUUGAAGAAGUUGGAGAAACGGAGAAAUCAGAAGAAUAAAGGACAAUCUAGCAAGAGAUACCAGAAGAACAAGGAACAGUCUAACAGAACGGACAGUACGUGGAAGAAGCACUCCAUCAUCCUACAAGAAAAAACUGUCUGCCGUUUUGUCAAACAUGAACUAAUCACGAGAGCGGUGACAGCGGCAAGUAUGUGCUUCAGAUGAUACAAACCUAUAGUCUAGUCCUAUACGCACAGAUGCGAACGAACUCUAUUAGCCUCUUUUAAAGAUAAGAAGAUAAAUUAUACAAAGAAAAUUUGUGUGAAGCUCAUGAAACAACACUUAAUGUUUAAAACAGUUCUAGGUGAAAAUCUGCUUCGUAUCGGUGGGAGGGGCUACAUACUGCGUGGCUAUUUUCGACGUUGGUAUGUUUUCAGUUAUCUUGUGUUCAAUAUGUUUAGGCAACUUCAUUAUGGCAAUGUAUGAGUUAUAAUCGUUUUAAAAUCUAUUUAUUCCAGUUGCAAUUAAGUUAUGAAUUUGUAAAAAUUCUUGAUUGAGUUGCAAAUCUCAGACCUUCAUAAUGACUGGUCCAUUUUAUGAUAUUUGUAAUUAUUUGUAAUCUCCGCAAUCGGAGAUUUGAACGAUCUACCGUCCAUGUAUUAAAGAUAAUAUUUCAUAUAUGGUAAAUCGUACAUACAUACAUAACAUAUGUUCAUCUGGAGGUGGUAGUCCAUUGGUGCUACCCAAGUAUAUGCGUUUUGCGUUCUUGUUCAAUCGCACAAUAUAAAGACAAUAGCAACAAUACAGAACAACUUAUUCCUUAUAGUGACAAUAGAAAUGAAAUGAGCUGAAAACACAGGAAACAACGUUAUUUACAAUGAAAAGUUUUCUACAAUGACAUGUUAGCAAUGAUAUACAUCCCGUCCAUCCACGUGCACGUUUUGUGUCGCUACCCUGUGGCUAAGAUUAUCCCUGGAACUGUAACAGUUGGAAGGGAUCAUUAUGUCCGUCCAAUUACCGAGAGAGCCGUCAAAAUAAAUUGAUAUUAUGUACUAUUCA